UGCCAAUUCACAGGAGAGAGAAUCACGGGAUCUUGGCAGUUAGAGGCACGCGUUUCUAGUCCCCCUCUGUUCAUCUCAAAAGUCCGCUCUCUUUCCCUGUGAUCUCUUCACUGAUUAGCAACCCAAAGACGAAAACGAAUCAGACUAUUCAACUAGUUGAUUUCCGAUCGGAAAAUGUCUCAAAAUGUCAGUCCAAAUCCGACUUACGACGUGAUAAUCUUAGGAGCUUCAGGUUUUACAGGCAAAUACGUCAUUAGAGAAGCUCUCAAAUUCCUCAACGUUCCAUCUUCCCCCUUAAAAAGCUUAGCUAUAGCGGGCCGUAACAGUUCCAAACUUUUCCAGGCUCUCCAAUGGGCAGCCCAUCCAAAACCACCACCCCAAAUUCCUAUCCUCACCGCCGACACCACCGACCCAUCUUCUCUCCGCCACCUCGCUUCUCAGGCUAAGAUCAUUCUUAAUUGUGUCGGUCCAUUUCGUCUAUACGGUGAGCCCGUCGUUGAGGCCUGUGCUGAUUCGGGUUGCGAUUACUUGGAUAUUUGUGGGGAGCCCGAGUUUAUGGAGAGGAUGGAAGUGAAGUACCAUGAUAAGGCUGUGGAUAUGGGAUCGUUGAUUGUUUCGGCUUGUGGGUUUGAUUCUGUGCCUGCUGAGUUGGGCUUGAUGUUCAAUUCAAGACAGUGGCUGCCGCCGGCUGUUCCUAAUCAGGUUGAGGCGUACCUUAGUCUGGAAUCGGACAAGAGAAUUGUUGGAAACUUCGCGACGUAUGAGUCAGCGGUGCUUGGUGUGGCUAACGCGGAUAAAUUACAGGAGCUCAGGCGCUCCAGGCCCAAGAGGCCUCGUCCUGCGAUUCCUGGUCCUCGUCCUCCUAAAGGUCCAUUGCUGGACCACCUAAAGGAAGUUGGUGUUUGGGCUGUAAAGUUACCAUCAGCAGAUGCAAUUGUAGUGCGGAGAACACUUUCAUGUUUGGCUGAAAAUCCUGGUGGUUUACCUGGUGUUAAUGAAAGCACUGAACAGAUUGAGAGGAGGGAGGCUUUUUGGUCAACCAUAAAGCCAGCUCACUUUGGUGUGAAGAUAGCUUCGAAAUCUCUGUUAGGAGUUAUUCGUUUCAUUACAGUUGGGGUUUUCAUUGGUCUCUUUGGUAAAACUGGUAUCGGCAGAUGGCUGCUCCUGAAAUUCCCUUCAUUGUUCAGUCUAGGAUGGUUCAGGAAAAAAGGUCCAACUGAAGAAGAAGUGGCAAGUGCUACCUUUAAGAUGUGGUUUGUUGGACAUGGAUUUAGUGACGACAGUCUUGCAUCACAAGGAAACAGGAAACCCGAUACGGAGAUAAUUACAAGAGUAAUGGGACCUGAGAUUGGUUAUUUGACAACUCCUAUCAUUCUUGUCCAGUGUGCCCUCAUUUUGCUCAAGGAACGAGAUAAUCUUCCAAAGGGAGGUGUUUUCCCCCCUGGGAUUGUGUUUGGCGCGACAGACCUCCAAGACAGGCUUCAACAAAAUGGAAUAUCUUUUGAUGUCAUUUCAAAGAACACUAUCUAACUAAAUGGUAGUUCCGUGCAGUUUUAGUCAUAUGGGAACAUUUGAAUUUAUGCCAAAGGGCGAAUAAUUCUACAAAUCUUUUGCUUUCUUUGUGUGUGCUCUUCUAAUUGUAUUUUCUGUAGUUUUAUUA